AUGUCUGCCUCUCUUGCGCCCGAGUGCAACGAGGUCAAGGAGCGAUACGACACGUGCUUUCUGAAGUGGUACAGCGAAAAGUACCUGCGAGGCGUUGGCGCCGACAACAAUGAGUGCGCGGAUCUCUUCAAGAGCUACCAAAAGUGCUUGACGGUUGCGAUCAAGGAGCGCGGCAUCGACAAGCUGGACGGCACGUAG